UAUUGACCUCCAACCAAUUAUCUUCUUCUUUUUCUCUGAGCAUUAUCAUAAUUCUAGAGAGAGAAAGUGUUUCAGAAUUGCAAAUUUCAUGUAAAUUUGAACUGAAUUUGAUGUCUGAAGGCUGAAUUUAUGAUUCAGGAAGCUACUUGAUGUGAUUCUAAAGGUGUACGGACGGAAAUUAAGGUCACUUUUAAGGUUUUUAUGGUUAAUUAAGUAUUUCGGAAUCUAUUUAUGUUAAUUUUAUAAGAAUUAUUAGUAUUUGAAGCUGUUUUGAUGUUAAUUUGAAGUGAAAUUGUGGUUAAAGGUUUGAAUUCUAGGGUUUUGUGGUGAAUUUAGUGUCUCGGAACGUUUCGGAAGCUAUUUGAUGCAGUUUUUACUGAAAUUAAGCUGAUCUGCUGUAGUUUUUAGGGUUUUGUGGUGAAUUGAUAGUUUAUGAAGCUAUUUGAUGUUAAUUUUGAGUGAAAUUGAGUUGAUCUGUGGUGAUUUUUAGGGUAUCUGAAGCAAUUUGAUGAAUUUUAUACUGAAAUUUUAUUGAUCUGUGGUGAGUUUUAGGGUUUUGUGGUGAAUUAAUAGUUUCGGAAGUAUUCGAUGUUAGUUAUGUUCAUUUGAUGCUUCUUUUGAGCUGAUCUGUGGUGAAUUUUAGGGUUUUUGUGAGAACUGGUAGUUUUGGAAAGUAUUUGAUGUUGAAUUGAAGGUUUUUAGUGAUUGAAGGUUGAACUUUAGCGUUUUUGGCCGGAAAUAUGUGAUUACAGCUAUUGAUAUAGAGAUCUGUGAUGAGAGUUUGAUUAUUUUAGUGAAAUGACAUCUUCAGAAGUUUCAAGCAAAAGUAAUAAUAAUAAUAAUACUAGUAGUAAUAUGAGAGUAGGAGAUUUAGAUGUGUUUUCGUUGUCUAAUUUUAGCGAUAAAAACGACACUGUUGGUGAUUCUAUAGCUGCUUCGGCUAUUUCCGGUGCCGGAAAAGGUGAUGCAGAUAGCGCGCUUUACAAGGAACUAUGGCGAGCGUGUGCUGGUCCGCUUGUUACGGUUCCCCAGGAAAACGAGCUAGUGUUUUACUUUCCACAAGGACACAUUGAACAGGUCGAGGCAUCGACUAAUCAAGUAGCAGAACAGCAGAUGCCGAUUUAUAACCUUCCAUCAAAGAUUCUUUGCCGUGUUAUGAAUGUGCAGUUGAAGGCUGAACUAGAGACAGAUGAGGUCUUUGCUCAAAUUACUUUGAUGCCGGAACCUGAUCAAGAUGAAAAUGCGGUAAAGAAGGAGCCAGCACCGCCAGCCGCAUCUCGGUUCCACGUGCAUUCAUUUUGCAAGACGUUGACUGCUUCUGAUACGAGUACUCAUGGUGGAUUUUCUGUUCUGAGGCGCCAUGCUGAUGAAUGUCUUCCUCCACUGGACAUGUCAAGGCAACCUCCUACGCAAGAGUUAAUAGCCAAGGAUCUGCAUGGAAAUGAAUGGCGUUUCAGGCACAUAUUUCGCGGUCAACCACGCAGGCAUUUGCUUCAAAGUGGUUGGAGUGUCUUUGUUAGUUCCAAAAGGCUCGUUGCUGGUGAUGCUUUUAUUUUUCUAAGAGGUGAAAAUGGAGAGCUUCGUGUGGGGGUGAGACGCGCAAUGAGACAGCAAGCAAAUGUGCCGUCUUCUGUCAUAUCCAGCCAUAGCAUGCAUCUUGGAGUGCUUGCGACUGCAUGGCAUGCCAUCCAGACAGGAACCAUAUUUACAGUCUAUUACAAGCCUAGGACUAGUCCUGCAGAGUUCAUUGUUCCGUAUGAUCAGUACAUGGAGUCUCUCAAAAACAACUAUUCCAUAGGGAUGAGAUUCAAAAUGAGGUUUGAAGGUGAAGAAGCUCCAGAGCAAAGAUUUACUGGAACCAUAGUUGGGAUAGAAGAGUCUGAUCCUAAAAGGUGGCCUGAGUCUAAAUGGAGAUGCCUGAAGGUACGAUGGGAUGAAACAUCAAGUAUUCCUCGCCCAGAAAGAGUUUCACCUUGGAAAGUGGAGCCCGCUCUCUCCCUACCCGCAAUAAAUCCACUUCCAGUGCAUAAACAAAAAAGGCCCCGGUCAAGCAUGUUACCUUCGUCCCCCGAUUCUUCUGUUCUAACAAGAGAAGGUUCAUCAAGGGUUGUUGCAGCAGACCCUUCACCUGCAAGUGCAUUUUCAAGGGUCGUGCAAGGACAAGAAUUAUCAACCUCAAGAAUCCCUUUUGCAGAGAAUAAUGAGUCAGACACGUGUGGUAUACCUCUUCAGUGGGCAUCUUCAGUAAUAGACGAUAACAAAACAGACCAUGGUUCUAUGUCCCAACGAUACAGAAUGGAGAAAAUUUUACCCUUUGAAAGGCCCGUUGAUACCUCUUUCACAGACCUAAUAUCAAGUUUUGGAUCCUCUGCGGGUCAAACUGAGGGAAAAUUUAGUGUACAGUCAAACGUGUGGUCUACAAUGCCCUCCAAUUUGUCUCUCAACCUAAUGAGCUCACCCACAAAAUGUGCUCAUACCAGUGCUUUUGGCGAGUAUCCUGUUCAUAAUAACCGAAGGGGUAAUGAGCAGGAACAUAGAAAGUGGCUGAUGCCUCCACCACUUCCUUCAUAUGUACAUAUACCGAAAUUACCUUUAGUUCAACAAAAUGAGGUUAGGAAGCCCGAGGAUGGGAAUUGCAAAAUUUUUGGUGUACCCCUUGCUGGUAACAAGGUUGCACCGGAUGUAACAGGCAAUGCACAUCAAGGCUUACAACUACAACAUUACCCGACCUUCGAAUCUGAUCAAAGGUCUGAAUUUUCGAAGAGUCUGAAAGUUAUGGGUAAUCCACAAUCUGGUAAAGAACUAGAGAAGCAAUAUCAAAGUUCCCAGCCACAACCAAAAGUACAGGGAGUUUCAACAAGGAGUUGUACAAAGGUUCAUAAGCAGGGGAUUGCGCUUGGUAGGUCCCUGGAUCUUGCUAAGUUCAACAACUAUGAUGAAUUGAUUGCUGAACUGGAUGAGUUGUUUGAAUUCAAUGGAGAGCUGAAAAGCCGAAGUAAGACUUGGCUGGUUGUAUACACCGAUGACGAGGGUGACAUGAUGCUUGUCGGAGAUGAUCCAUGGCAGGAAUUUUGUGGCAUGGUUCGUAAGAUCUUUAUUUAUACCAAAGAGGAGGUUCAAAGAAUGAAUCUUGGGACUCUAAAUUCAAGGGGAGAGGAGAAUUCAUCUGUUGCAGGGGUAGAUGGCAGGGAGAUAGGAACUCUUCCAGCAUCUUCUAGUCCCGAGCACGCAUAGGUUUUUAUUACUAUGUCUAGGUAUAUGUUUAUAGGUGGAUAGGGAGUAUGAUAAAUAUAUAUAGCUAAUGGCAGUCGAGAGGAGUUGAAAUAAUUAUAUUUAAGUUGCGUCAAGAUGGCUUCUACUUCCCAUUGAUCAUUAGUGUCUUUGGAGUGGAGGUAAGUCUUCGAUGAUAUCAUGUUUUGAAUUUUGGACAGUUGGAGCUGUUAUAUUGCGGCAUGGGGCUCCUUAACGUUGUUAUUAUCCUUAUUAUAGAAUGAAUAUAUAUAAGUAUGGGUUGUAUAUAGGGUGAUAUUGGGAGUAUGGAGUAUGGCAUUAUUAUGUACAAAUGUCUUUUGCUAGCUAUAGUUGUCCCAGUUUCUUUUUAUGCGAGGAGAAAGUUAUUGAACCUUUAAUGGAGAUCGUCUUUAUGUGGCUUUUUAUCUUUAUAAAUCACUCCUUUAUGUGGUUGGGGAAUC